AGAGCUCCACCCUGUCUCCUCUUCUUGCUCUGCUCUGCUCGAACCAACCGCAGACCGGAGCCACGCUCGCCGGCCGGGGCACCUCCUCCUCCUCCGCCGCCGCGCUGAUUCAUCCCUCCCUCACUUCAAGCCUCUACUGCCCCGCCAGUCUCCCACCGUCGCGACGCCGCGGUCGAGGGGCUAGUCUGCCUUUCCUGGCGCCGCCGGAGGGAGACGACCGCCCGCGACUGGAGCAGACGAGGGAGGCACGCGCGACCGGGAAGGCGCUGCUUUCGCUCGAGCCGUACGCCGACGCCGGUGGCCACUCCGCAGAUGGGUAUUCCUAUCUGAUGGCAUGGCACGCACUAAGAACUCACCGCUACCUGAUGCCUUGCCUCCCACCGGCGGCGACCAACUAACUGAAGCUCCCUGGAGUCUGUUUUUCGCUGUCAACAUUGCCUCCUCACGGCUUUGCCGGUGCUGACAGCGCUCGUGCAGCAGCCCUGCUGAACCCAAAAUGGCGGCCUUGCCACUGGCCACCGCGGAGGUCUGCGACGCAAACUCACACAUGAUCACCAGCGGCGAGCUCCGCGCGCUGCAGCCCGUCUUCAGGGUCUACGGUGGCCGGCGGCUCUUCGCCGGUCCCGUCGUGACAGUGAAGGUGUUCGAGGACAACGUCCUGGUCCGUGCGCUCCUGGAGGAGAAGGGCCAGGGCAGGGUCCUGGUGGUCGACGGCGGCGGCAGCCUCCGCCGCGCCCUCCUGGGGGGCAACAUCGCCAUGCUGGCGCAGAACAACGGGUGGGCCGGCAUCGUGAUCAACGGCUGCGUCCGGGAUGUUGAUGAGAUCAACGAGUGCGACAUCGGCGUGCGGGCUCUCGGCUCGCACCCGAUGAAGUCGGACAAGAGGGGGAUGGGCGAGAAGCACGUCCCGGUCACCGUUGCUGGUACCAGGAUCUGCGACGGCGAGUGGCUCUACGCCGACGCCGACGGUAUCCUCGUCUCGAGGACCGAGCUCAGCGUGUAGUGCAGGCCUUCCAGUUGCCUGUGUUGUUCCUCUCUGUGUAUGCAUUUACUUGUGUGUAAAAUGAUGUAUGUAUGAACGGAUGAACUGGGCUCUGCACAAAACAGAGGACGUCUGUUGCUGCUUCAGAACAGAAGCUCUGAUAUCUGAACUUGAGAUGCCAGGAGCUCUCAACUGAACAUGUAAAUAACAAUGGCAGGCUUGCCUUGCUUGAUCAAAUGAAAUGAACAAUAGGGAAUUGGGGAUAAUAAUACUAAUACUUAUUGGAUGGCUUCA